AUGGCCUUCCCCGAAUGGAAAUUCAUGGCAUUGGGCGGUCUUGGUGACGUGGUCUAUGGUGUCGUGUACCGUGUAAACGGUCUGCUUAUCGGUGUUUCCAUCAAGCUAUAUUUCGAGACGAACAAGACGAAGAGCGAGAUGUUGCACGACAUGCGCUACUUUUCGAUGUACCUGGAAAACUCUUCCGGUGCUCUCAUAUCCCGUCUGGCCAGCGAUUCCGCUGUCUUGCACUCUAUGACAUCCGAAAACCUCAGUCGUGUGGUAGUGGGCGUGGCAACGACAGUCAUUAUUCUUGCGCUCUCGUUCAUCUACAGCUGGCCGAUGACACUUGUCAUGACGGUCAUUGUGCCGCUGCUGGUGGGCUGCAACUUCAUGCAUAUCAAGAACAUGCGGGGACAGGUGAACGCCAAGACGAGUAACAGCGCCGAUGCUGCUGCAGGCUCCUUGCUAUCUGAAGCCAUCGACGCGAUCCGCACAGUAGCCUCUUUCGGCAUGGGGCAGUUGCUGACUGCCAAGUACUGGAUGGCUCAAACGAGCAGGACAAGCGAGCAGGUGUCUCGGGAGGCACCGCCUUUGGGAACGGUCAACUUCUACGAUCUCUUUACGAUCAUCACGGUCUUCAUGACAGUGGGUGCAAGUGGCAGCUGCAAGAGUACGGCAAUCGCACUUUUGAAGCGGUUCUACGAUCCGUCGUCGGGCAUGGUGACGCUGGACGGGCACGACGUGCGUAGUCAGAGUGUGCCGUGGCUGCGAGACCGCAUCUCGCUGGUGAGCCAGGAGCCGGUACUGCUCUCAGGGACGAUUGCGGAGAACGUCGCUCUGGGCAAACCGAGUGCGAGCCGUGCAGAAGUAGCGACUGCGGCCAAGAGCGCUAACGCUUUCGACUUUAUCUCGAACUUCCAGUUGGCGCUCGACACGGAGAUCAGCCGAUUCGGCAACAAAACGACUGGCGACCGUGGCGCACAGGUAUCUGACGGUAAGAAGCAACGUACCGCCAUUGCACGCGCCAUUCUGCUCGACCCGGAUGUGUUGCUGCUGGACGAGGCGACGAGUGCAUUGGACAGCGAGAGUUAG